UCAAGAAAAUCUUUUCAGACUAAAGGACUCGUAGUAUUUUGAGUAAAACUUUGAGAAAAAAUAUUUAAUUUUCGGCGAGAAAAAUAAAUUUGUUCAGCCAUGAGUAACAACAUUCUCAACAGCAAUAAAUCGAAGUUUAUAAUAAAUACUUCAGUUGAAUAUUUUGCGGCCAGCGUGAGCGGUGGCCCUACUGCUGGCGAGCAUCUGUCCGCCGUGCAGGAGUUUCUCGAGAACGAUGAACUGACCGUCAUUGCGGCGGUGCAUAACAAAUUGGAUGGCAGCAUAAAAUUUCAUCAUCGCAUACCUGGUGACGAGGUUUGCUUGCUAUUUUACAAGAUACCACAGGUCAGCGGCAAGAGUGGCACCGCAAACAUUUCAGCAGCAAGCAGUGGAGCGGCAUACGACCAACCGCUUGGUAUUUUGACGCUCGAGGGCGGUUUGGUCAAGUCAAUUUAUAAUUCCGUUUCGCGUGUAUUCUCACCGCAAGCUGAAGCCAGGAAAACUGAAUACAGUUCAGAGUUGAACGGUUUGCUUGAAAAUUUACAUAUGUCUUUGGGCUCAACUUUGGGUUUACCACAAAGUGGCAUAACAUCAUUAAAGGACGAAAUUAAAUAUUGGCGGCAAAAGUUAAAUCAAAAGUCCAGCUCUCGUAUAGACCGUGAAAUGUCGCAGGCUUUUAUGGGCUUGCUUGAGAAUAUCGACAAGCAAAUGAGUUGUAUAGAUUACACAAAUACCGGCACGAGCAUUGAAGAGUUCUUAGACAGUUCACAUAAUUGUCUAGAUGAGUUAUGGCGUUUACCAUACCAAUAUCCACAGGCACGCAUGGCUGAUCUACUAGAUAUUAUAGGUAAUCGUCUGCUAGCAAUAUGUGUAGAACAACUUGUAAUGGAGGAUAUUUGGAGUUUAAACUCGCAACACAUGAACACACAGAUGAGUCAAUGCAUUGAUACUGCUGACUCCUGGAUGCAGCUUUGUGAUUCGCUUACGCGCCUAUUCUGGCCUAACUAUAUGCAGCAUCCCUGGGUUGGAGAGCCCCAUAUAUCCAAGCGCGGUCAACAGUUUAAGGAACGACUUUUGGAGAUAAAGAAUAUCAAGAAUCUCUACAAACAAAUCGCCACGUUGUUGAAUGAUGAAGAGAUGCAGAGCAUUCUAUAUGAAACAUCGCCGUUUAAAGAAGUUAAUAUUUUCGAUACCACUCCUUUGGGUCAAUCGAGAUGGAAUAAAGCUUUGCAACAUUUCGAGCAAGUACUGCAACCAAUUGACGAACGCAUUGCUUCAGCACUGAAGGCACAACUACAUAAUCAUCUCAGUAAUCCACGGCAAGUUAUAUUCAUUUUCUCCAAAUAUGAAACACUCAUACAGAGACCCGCCGUGCUUGAGCUAUUGACGAUCGAACGAGAACAAUUUCUACAGUCCUUGCAAUUUUUACUACAAGAUUUACGCAAGGCAAUGUCCGAUACGAAUAUGGAGCCCGAUACCGGUCAUCUAUCGGUGAUUUGCAAUGAAUGUCGUUGGUUAAAGGUCGUGCAAUAUCAGAUUCAGGAAAUCGAAAAAGUAAGUCAUUUGGUCAGUGGGCGCGAGGGUUUCGAAAAGGUCAACAAAGCAGUGCAAGAGAUCAAAGAGGAGACCGAAUCCCUACUACGCACCAAUUUUGAGAUUUGGUGCGGCCAGUGUUCCACAAACGUCAAGAGUGGAGAAUUAAAACUCCGCGAAGAUCAACCGGUCGUCAAGUUCGAGAAGGAAGGUCGACAGUUAAUGCGUGUUACAUUCAAUCCCAAAUUGGUCACUUUCUGUCAGGAUGUGCGUGAGUUCGAAAACCUCGGUUACAACGUGCCUUCAGAACUGCGAUCAUCAGCUACACAUGCCGCUAAGUUCAUGAGCUACGCGCGCCGUCUGCAACAGAUUGCUACAUUCCACAACACAAUUGGUGACCGCAUGAUACCGUGUGAAAGACCGAUCAUGUUGAAGAAUGCGGUAGAGUUGUCGAAGCUAGUGCAGAGUGAGACGGUCGCCUGGAAUGAUGAAGAAUCAGUGCAACGUUAUGUGAAUAUGCUGCAAACCGCUGUUUCGAAGCUAUCCGCCGAUAACACCCUGCUAGUUGGUUACCAUGAGCAGGCCAAAAGAACGGUCAUUAAACUAAUGAAUACCGAUUUGUUCACACAAAAUCAAGUGUGGAAGGAUGAAAUGCGUCAUCUACGCGAUCUGGUGGCUACAAUGGAGCGUCAAGGAUACACUAACUUGGAUGCCUUUAAAUUACAUUGGGACCACCAACUCUAUAAGGUUUUGGAAUAUCAGUACAUCAUCGGUCUUGUGGAUAUGAAUAAUAAGUUGCCUGAUAUACACAUCGAUAUUUUAUUCAGACAACGUCAGCUUUGCUAUCGUCCACCCGAAGAAGAGAUACGAGAAAAAUAUUUCACUCAACUUCGACGCUUCAUCGAACGUCCCAGUAGCUUUCGUGGACUAUCCGACAACAGCACCGAGCUAUUUAAAACAAUGAUUGAAACCAAUCGUCGCUAUUUUGGGCCACUCUUCGAACGUGCCGAGGAAUUAUUUCGUAAACUUGAACAAUUCAAAAAUAUCUGGUUACCUUGGGUCGCAUUAGGUUGUGUAGAUAUAGAAGAGUUAUGUGACAUACAUCUUACAGCAGCAGAUGACUGGGAUCGUGAAUUUAGAGCAUGCAAAAAUUUCAGCCAAAAGAUUGCGAAAAUUCAGAACUCCGAAGAGUCCAUUGACUGCAUCAUUAUCAACACUUCGCCUCUACGUUCAGAAAUUGAAUUAAUUAGUCGACGUUAUUGGGAAUCGUUGACCAACAAUUUACGGACGGCUAUUGUAAAUGAUGUCACCAUGGUCCAGGAAUUCUUACAGAACUCACUACAAUUCCUGAAUAAUGUACCCAUGGAAGAGACUUCGAUAACUGAGUCCGGCAUGAAAUAUGAGAAGAUGAUGUCGGAACUACCAAAGAUAUCCGAAACGCUUGAUGCGGUGAAAAGUAAAGACGCCUGCCUAGCCGGUUGGUGCAAGGAGCGUGUGACCGCCUUAGCUAAUAUUAUCUUACAGUGGGAACGGCUACAACCUCUUAUUGAAAACCACGCGGUUAUACUACAACGUCAAGUCGAUAUGAUUAAGGAUCAAGCCCAUUCACAAUUGCAGAAUCUACAAAAUGAAGCCGAAAAGUUUUUGCUACGUUGGGAGUCGACAAUCAGUGAAUUGGAGAGCAAUGAAAACGCCACGUUGGAGCUAUUCAAAGAACGCCGUGAGCAUUGGCAACAAAUAAAAGCGAAGAAAGCGCAACUUUUGGAGGAAUGCAGCAAAUUUAAUAUGAAUUUUCCAACGGAGUUAUUGGCGCCUUUCAAAGAAAUCGAAGAGAAGAUGCAAGCACAGUCCAAACAGUGGGAGAUUUACGACAACUAUCUCACUGAAAUGAACAACAUUAUCGAUGAAGAGUGGGCCAUCUACCGUCGACGUCCUUAUGAGUUGAACGAAUUUAUCAACAAAUGGGAGGGCUCAGUACAUGCAUCCAUCGAUUUGCCUUCGAAGCGUAUUCGUCAAAGCGUGGAGCAGUUGCAGGACAUUAUGCCUAUUUUACAACAAUUACAAUCCGAUACUUUAACCGAGCGUCACUGGGCCCGGAUCUUUAUGCUGUUAAAUAAACCAGAUCCAAAAUCUAUGCACACGCUGCUCUUACGCGAUAUUUUAGAAAACUGUUAUGCUCUACAACAGUCCUCUGCUGAAAUAACAAAUGUCGUGAAGCAAGCUGCUUCGGAACAAAUAGUUCGUCAAGCUUUAACCGAAUUGGAUCAGUGGUCUGUAACAGCUAACCUCAAGCUGAUAAAUCACAAUGAUUCGGACGGAAAAGCAAUACCACUUAUUAAGGACUACCAGGAAGUGUUAAACAAAAUUGGAGAUAAUCAGUCCUUAUUGCAGUCUGCUAAGAAUUCGGCGGCCUUUGAGGCAUUCUCAGAUCAAGCUGAUUUAUGGGAGAGUCGCUUAAAUACUUUGGACACACUUCUAACGAGUUUAAGUCAAUCCCAAAGACGUUGGGUGUAUCUGGAGCCUGUUUUCGGCGCGGGUACCUUACGUAAUGAAGAGGCAUUAUUUCGUCGUAUCGACAAGGAUUUCCGUUAUGUAAUGCGUGAAAUACAAGCAGAUCCGCGAGUAAUAUCACUUACCAAGAUUAAUAACAUAUUAACUAUUGUGAAUUCGCUGGAAACGCAACUAUCACGUUGUCAAAACAAUCUCAUGACCUAUAUUUUGGACAAACGAAACUCUUUCCCACGCUUUUAUUUUCUUGGCGAUGAUGAUUUACUCGAGAUAUUGGGACAAGCGACAAAGGAUGCUGAAAUUAUACAAAAACAUAUCAAGAAACUCUUUCCCGGUUGUCACAGUCUCGGCAUAGCGAAGUCAUUGAGCGAAGCACCAACUGUGUACACCAUACAAUCAGUGCAUAGUACCGAAGGCGAUAUGCUGCAGUUGCAACAAGUCGUGCCUAUGAAGGGACCCAUUGAGGAUUGGCUCAAUCACUUAGUUAACUCCAUACAGCGUACACUUAAGGAUGCGAUAUUUGAAUGCUACACAGUCACGGGCUCUGACAAAUUCUCCGAGUCGAUGCUGCGAAAAUACCCCAUCCAAGUAUUAAGCACCAGUCGCGCCAUACAAUUCACCCACGAAACGGAGAAAGCAAUACAGUCCAUGUCAUUGCGAAAGCUGCAUCAGGCGUUGAACACUGAAAUAACACACUUCGCCAAUAUGAAAAACCAAACAAACGACACACUGCUGCAGAUUAAACUGCGCGCACUGCUCUUCGAUCUGGUGCACUACGCAUCGGUGGUAGAGACGCUGCAGCAGCACAAUGUUAUGCACAGCACCGAUUGGCAUUGGCUCAGCCAGUUGAAGUUCUAUUUGGCCGGCAGUGACGGGCGCUUAGUCGUUAUGCGUAUGGUUUACGCUGACUUCGAGUACUCGUACGAAUUCCUCGGCAAUCCCAAUAAGCUGGUGAACACCAAGCUGACGCACAAAUGUUAUCUCAUCCUCACACAAGCGAUGCACAUGGGCUUGGGCGGCAAUCCGUUCGGACCGGCAGGCACUGGCAAAACAGAGUGUGUCAAGGCGUUAGGCGCGAUGUUGGGUCGUUUGGUGUUGGUUUUCAACUGUGAUGAGAAUGUGGACACUGAAUCGAUGAGCCUAAUUUUAACUGGACUGGCGCGUUGCGGUGCUUGGGGCUGCUUUGAUGAAUUCAAUCGUCUGCAUGAGGCAACGCUCUCGGCAAUUUCUAUGCUAAUACAACCCAUACAGAUGGCUUUAAAGGAUAAGUCAGAUGUCGUGCAAAUUGGCGAGAGAAACAUCAAGCUCAAUCAGCAUUGCGGCAUUUUUGUCACUUUAAAUCCUGCUGGCGCCGAUUAUGGAGGCCGGCAAAAAUUGCCCGGCAACAUACAGGCGCUAUUUCGGCCGAUUGUGAUGCAACAACCAGAGCCGUUGGAAAUAUCACGUGUCAUGCUAUUUGUGGAGGGAUUCCAACACGCCAACGAAAUCGCCGAACGCAUUGUCGAACUUUUUGAUUUGUGCACAAAAAUGUUAUCCGCCCAACGCCACUAUGAUUGGGGCUUACGGGAGUUGAAAACCAUUUUACUAGCCUGCGGCAUGGAACUACGCGUACAGUUAAGCAAAAACAAAAUGUGCAAGAGCUUUGACUUUGCCACUGCAGACACCAACGUUGGCGAUUUGAAUAUGGAAAUGUCAACUGUAGUGAGCAUGUUACGCAUGUCCAUUCUAUCGAAACUCCAUCUACACGAUGUGGCACGCUUCGAUAUGUUAGUGACAAACGUUUUUCCGGAAAUUGAAAAAGUCGCUUAUUGCAAAUCUGAGCUGCAGCAACCAUUAGUUGAGGCGUUUGGGAAACUCGGCCUAUGCGUCAAUGACAUGCAAAUCGAAAAGGCGCUGCAGUUGCAUGAACAGCUCAACAAGCGUAUGGGUGUGGUGGUAGUAGGACCUCCAGGGUGUGGAAAGUCGACAGUAAUCACAUUGCUAAGACAAGCUUUGUUGUCAACUGCAAUGCAAACGACAUCAACCGACAUGACGCCAAUGAGCGCGACACAAAUCCGACUACAUACAAUCAAUCCAAAAUCGAUGAGUCGCGUUCAACUGCUCGGUCGCCUUGACCCAGACACGCGGCAAUGGAUGGAUGGCGUGUUGACCAAUACGGCUGUAAUAGUGAAUGCUGAACCGUCAAAUGUUCACUCUUGGAUAGUGUGCGAUGGCAGUAUUGAUCCGGAGUGGAUAGAAGCUUUGAAUUCAGUACUUGAUGAUAAUAGAUUACUGACGCUGCCUUCCGGUUGGCGCAUACAAUUUGGCAACAACGUGAACUUUAUCUUCGAGACCGAUGACGUACGACACGCUUCGCCAGCGACCAUAUCGCGCAUGGGCAUUGUGAACAUGAACGCGGCCGACUUUCCACAAACACAAAUAAUGGACGCCAUGCUGGCCAAGAUAGAGUUUGGCGAUUUGCUGCGCAGCUAUAUUGAUGAGCAGUUCAAGCCAGCCGCGCAGUGGGUAGAAAAAGAGUACCUCUACUGUCUACCCGCUUUAAAUACAUGGAACUUACUAAGCGCGCUGCUACUGAUCUCUCGCGAUGUACAAAGACGUGACGAGUUCUGUGUAACGUUAUGCCGUGCUCUAUAUGGAUUUUUACCAACAGAACGCCACAACGAACUCGCCAAUUAUGUAUAUGAGCGAGCAAAUCUUUACAUAAACAAUCCGAAUCACGCCGAACUUUCCUACUUCGAUAAGGCACGCGAUGCAAUAGAGUUCUAUGAGUCGGACAACCUACCGAUAGUUAGCGCUAGUGGCGCAGUCCAGCUCAUACAAACUGCCGCCGUCAAAUCUUAUUUGAGUACGCUACGCAGCUAUUUAAGCGCAGCCGCCAGCACACCUUUUCUCAUUGUGGGUCCUACAGGAGCGGCCAAAACGUUGUUGCUGCAGCAGGCUGUACAGGAAUAUGCUGGCUAUGAUUUAAUUGUCAUUAACUGUUCGAUGCAGCUAACCCCCGCCUACAUUUUACAUUGCUUGAAGCAGAACUGCGUCGUUGUGAGCGGUCUUCGCGGCAGAGAAUUCAAAGCAAGACAAACGCGUGUGGUUUUGUUUCUGAAGAACCUUGAUCUGUGCUAUUUCGAUGCUUGGGGCACCAGCGAUAUUAUGGAACUGCUACUGCAGUUGGUGCAACGCACCGGUUUCUAUGCAGACAACUUGGAAUGGGUACAUGUCAAUGGUGUGCAAAUAUGCGGCUCGGUUUCACAGGCCACCACGUCGUUAAUGAGUGGAGGCCUGCAUAAGCUGCCGCCACGUUUUCUGGCAAUAAAUCAAUUUCUGCGCGUCAGUUAUCCAACCGAUGCGGAUAUGUUGACCAUCGUGCAGAGCCAGUUGGAACCGAUAAUGGCAAGCGGACACUUCAAAACGGCAGCAGUGAAUGUGCAGUAUGUGGUUGAGGUAUUGUUGGAGCUAUUCAAGAAAGUGCGUGCAACUUUCACAAGUUCUUCACACAUGUGGGAGCAUUACAACUUCAAUCCGAAGUUCAUAAUGAAAUUAUUGCAUAACCUUAAAUAUUAUCCCGCUGACGCUUUCAAUGAGGCACUAUGUUCGGAAGUGAUAUCUAUAUUCGAAGAUCGUUUGGCAAUCGAAUCGGAUGUUCACGAGUUUCAGAGUAUAUUCAGGCAAACAAUGCGCAAAUUUUAUGGCAGAGAGAAAGUAUUCUUCGUGCCCAAGACUACAAAACAUAGCGCCGAGCUUCGUGCACUCGCGCACGAUGAGUGGUUGGAAGAGUUGCAGCGGCAGAUAACAAUUUGCAACGCUGAGUCCUUCGUCAUUGACGAGCCAAUUACGAGAGAGCUACUUGAUCUGACAACAAAAGUGGCACGAUUGCUGGCGCGCGAUGAGACUCAUUUGCUGAUGCUUGCACGGGCUGGUGACAGGCAUAUGGAUGCGUUGUAUGCAGCAGCCAAUUUGCAGCAAGCCAAAAUUUAUAACACACAAGGAGGCGCUGGAUAUGGAAUGUCGGAUUUCUACAACGAUUUAAGAUUGGCCAUGCAAACUGCGGCGAUUGAGGAUCAAUGCACUAUACUACUUAUAGAGCACUGUUGGAUCACUUUUGCACCGGAUAUUUUGAAACCAAUUGAGGCGCUGCUUGAGGGCAGUGAAAUACUGGAUUUAUUCGGCGAUGAUCUAGAAUCUGUAGCAAGUUCACUUAAGCAUGCUGCUCAGUUGGAGGGUUUUCAGGAGUCUAUAAGCGCCUACUUUUUGAAAAAAGCGAAGCAGAAUUUGCACCUCAUCAUUGUACUGGAUCCUGCUAAUCCCGCGCUUAACGGUUUGUUUAGCAAGUUCCCAGCGCUUUAUCGUAAUAUGGAGUUGUAUUUCAUACGCGCAGCCUCCAAUGAAACGCAAAACCAAUUGCCGAAAAAAUGUAUCGAAAUGCUAGGCGAAGCGACGGGUAACAGAGGCGCUGUGCCUGUAUUUUCCUACUUCACCGACGCUGUGGAAAGCUUAGUUAUGCAGCAGGCACCAAAGCGUUACUAUCAACUCAUACGCUCCUACUAUUAUAUAUACACUAAUUUCGCAAAGGACAUCAACAAGCGAUUGGUCAAAUUGCAGCAUGGCGUUGACAAACUGGCCGCUGCACACAACGUUGUAGACACACUUAAAUCGAAUGCCAGCCAACAGGAGGAGGCGCUCGCCGAGAAACGCAAACUGGCUAACGAUGCGCUCGAAAUGAUUUCGGCAACUAUGCGUAGCGCCAACGAUCAGAAAACCAACAUGCUAGAACUGAAGAAGAAAACACAGGAAAGCAGCGAACAAUUGAAAGAGCGUCAGAAAGAGAUACAAAAGGAACUCGCCGAAGUGGAGCCCAUACUCGCUGAAGCUAGCACAGCAGUAGGUCAAAUAAAAUCGGAGGCGCUCUCUGAGAUACGCUCACUACGCGCGCCACCCGAGACUAUACGCGACAUACUUGAGGGUGUAUUGCGGCUGAUGGGUAUACGUGAUACCUCGUGGAAUAGCAUGAAGACCUUUCUGGCGAAACGUGGUGUGAAGGAAGAUAUACGCUCACUGGAUCCGGCGCAUAUAAAUCCAGACAAUUGCGCUGCUGUUGAGAAGUUACUAGACGCUAAGGCUGAAUCAUUUGAGAUGAAGAAUGCGAAGCGGGCCUCUGCAGCUGCGGCACCACUUGCCGCCUGGGUGAAGGCCAGCGUGCGCUACUCGAAGGUCAUACAAAGCAUACGACCACUUGAGCGCGAACAAAACGAACUGCAGCGCAACUUGGACGUCGCUGAGGGUGAAAUGCAAAGCUUAAUGAGUGGACUGGAUGAUGUGGACAACCGUGUUAAGCAGUUGUCGGCAAAGCUGAACUCUUACACACAGGAAGCAGCGGUGCUAGAGAUUAAACUGGACGAUGCGCGUAAAACUCUACAUGCAGCUGAGGUACUAAUUGGGAAACUGAACUCUGAAUUCCACACUUGGAGCAUGCAAUUGGAGGAAUAUAAAACAUCACAUAAAACGCUGGACACCAAAUCGUUGUUAAUUGCGCUGGCCAUCAACUACUUUUCGCAUCUUACAUUGGACCGCAGAAGCUUCAGUAUGGAUCGCUUACUUGGCGAACUGCAGCUACGGCCAUUCGAUCUACGUAAAAGCUUACUCACCGAACAGGAACAAAUUAUUUGGGAGAGUAUGGGUCUCGCCUCGGAUGCGCAGAUAAUUGAAAACGCUGCGUUACUUCGUCAAAUGGUCGAACUACCUUAUGGCAGUUACCCUAUACCACUGGUAUUAGACCCCACACAAACAGCCAUCAAUUGGUUGGAGGAAUAUUUACGCUCAAAAGAAAGACCUUACGAUAUAAUCACACAAAAUAAUGAACGCUUGAGCUACAUGCUUGAAUUGGCCGUACGUUUUGGCAAAGUGCUGGUGGUACAGGAUUGUCAACAGGUGCGCCCGCCACUGCUGCAGUUAUUACAGGGUCACUUUUUCGUCAAGUUCGGCAAGAAACUGGUAGAAGUCGGCUCAAAAAUGAUAGAUCUACACGAGCAAUUUCAGCUCAUACUCUUUACGAAAACUAAUAAGUUGAGCAUUCAACCUGAAACUUUGAGCUAUCUGACUUGUAUACCGUUUACGGUUACCGCGAUCGGACUAGCUGAUCAACUCAUGUCAAAAGCAAUAGUUCUGAAGAAUCCAGAACUGGAACGUAAACGUAUUGAAUUGUUGAAGAAUGAAGGUGUUCUCUUGAAGCAACGCAUCGAAUUAGAGGACAAACUGCUGGAAGAGCUCUCAACGGCGCAGGGUGAUAUUUUGAAGAACGACAUGCUAUUGAGCACACUCAAUGAUGUCAAAGAGAGUAGCAAUUUCAUUGAUAAGUCACUCAAAGAAAGUGCGCGGGUAAAGGAGUCACUGCUUUCGGACUAUACGAAUCUACGCGAGCUUUGCACGCAAUCAGCUAAAUUUUAUAUGGAACUCACGGUAUCCUACGAGUUGCCAGCUUUAGCUUUCAUUCAAAUAUUUCUUAACUCGCUGCAGGCCUUUGAAGGGCAUAACUCCGUUUCUUCAAGUGAAAAACGCAUCUAUGAGCAAUUGGUUUCUGCCACCUUUCAAUAUUUGGCGCGCGCAAUACCACGCUCCAGCCACUUAACGUUGGCACUGUAUGUGUGUAAGUGCGCCUAUCCAGAGCGCAUGCCUGCCGCCGAAUGGGAAAUGUUCGUCACAAACUUUAUGGUUACAGCUGACGCCAGCACAGGCAGCGUAGACUUGAGCACAGUACAAAUGCCCGAUUACAUGAGCAAAGAAACAGUGCUUAAAUUGAGAAUUUUGCUAGCACAAGUACCACAACUGGAAGAGGAGUUGCAGUUACAGAAGGAUUAUGCUUGGCGUAGUUUCAUAGUAGAUCAGCUGCAGGAUAUACCAGGCGAAAUCAAAUCUUCAUUUCAUCGUGUUCUCAUAGUGCAGAUAUUUCGACCCGAUCUUUUGUUUUUGCAGUUACGUCGUACAGCUGCCGAAAUAUUGGAAAUUUCUCCAGACGCAGUUCCGCAGCCAACAGUGGAUCAACUUGCUGAUGAAAACACUGAAAACAAGCCAAUUCUUGUAAUUACUCAAGCGGAAAAUGAUCCAGGCACUGAAAUUCGAAGUUCUGCGAUAAAAAAAAUUGGCUUGGAAAAAUAUACUGAACUUUCUGUGGGACGUGGUAUGGAGCGUCGUGCACUAGAGGCGGUACGACAAGCAGCCGAGGUUGGCAAGUGGAUUUGCAUAAAAAAUGUGCAUCUAGUACCGGAUUGGUUGUCCGAGUUGGACCGCGAACUUGAGCAAUUGAAGAAACGAGAGGGCUUUCGUUUGUGGCUUACUUGUGAAUCGACAAGUGGCUUCAAUGAGACGAUUAUGUACAAGUUUGUGAAAAUUUUGUAUGAGUUUCCAAGCGGUAUUAAGCAAAAGGUUCGACGCAUGUUACAAAACUUUAUGUUGAGUGAAUAUCGCAGCAUUUCAAAAGAUGCUAAGCUGGUCAAAAUACGUAUUGUGAUAUUUAUAGUCACCGCUGUACUGCAGGAGCGACGCAAGUUCAUACCACAAGGUUGGUCCAAAUACUACGAGUUCGGCGAAGCUGAUUUCAAAGCUGCUAUGGACGUGCUCCUUUGGUUAGAUAAAACGAUGACCAGUGGCCGUUGCGAUUGGACGAUUAUGCAGCGUUUGUGCGAAAAUGUGGCAUUUGGCGGUCGCAUAAGCAAUGCACGCGACAUAAAAGUGCUGCAACGCUAUUUGGAGGAGUUUUGUUCAGCUGAUGUGUUGAGCAAUCGUUGGAGUCCUUUAAAUACGAAAGUUGUUGUACCUACAAGUUCACAAGUAUUGGACUAUAUAAGCGCAAUUUCAAAGUUUCCCGAUUCAGAUGAUCCAGAAGUAUUCCGUUUGUCUAACUAUACUAACAUGAAUCGUGAAAUUGAAAAUGCAAAGUAUAUUGUAAAUGAAUUACGAGCAUCCUACUAUAAGAAAUACGAUAGUGUAGAAGAAUCACUUGAACGUGAACAGGAAAGCACUGAUUUAAAUAAAUUAGAGAAGCAAAUUAAACCGAUAUUGACACUAUGGAAGAAGCUGGCUGUUAAAUGUACAGUUCAAAAAUGUCUUGAGGAUUUGAAUGCAUCUUCACAACUUGUAUCACCUUGGCAGCUAUUUAUUGCUUCUGAAUUAAGAACAGCAGCCAAGUGUUUCCAAGAGGUGCACCAUACACUUUCACUCACACAUAAUUGGCUCAAGGCUGGUUCUAAAAAUACCAAAACAGUUGUAGACUUGAAAUUAUUAAAAACCCUGGCGGAAAAUCAAAUACCAGGCUCUUGGCUCCGUUGUUGGAGCGGUCCACCUCUAGCGAUGGACUAUAUACGUGGCCUGGUAUUACGUACACAAGCCUCAGAAAUGCGUUACCGUUCAGAUAUUCACUUGGAAUUUGGCCAGCAAAUAGACUUGACGACAGUUUUCAAUUGCGAAACUUUACUUUCUAGCCUCAAGCUAACAAAUUCAGUGCAGAUGAAAACAUCGUGCAAGGAUCUUCAACUAGUUACCAACGUAGUAAAUAGAAGUACGGAGCACAGUGGGCAAACAAUUGGUUCUGGUAUCACGGUAGCACCACUUAAGGUGGAUGGCGCUGUUUUUACAUACGGAAAACUUACAGUAGAGGCAAGCGCGGAUAGUCGUUCACUGGAAUAUAAAACUCCUGAACUACUUUUUACUUUUAAACCUUAUACCAAUGCUGAGGAGAAAAUAAUCAUUCAAAAGCCACCUGCUGGUGUUUUGAAAUUGCCUUUAUAUUCAAAUGCUAGCCGUGAAAAGUUGCUUUGUUUUAUUGAUAUCCCAACUAUCGAAACUGCAGAUUUGGUACUCUUAUCGGGAGCAGCACUCAUUGUGCCUGAUUUGUAAGCAAUCGGAAAUCAGUUGGAAUUUUAUUAUAUUGAAUUAAGUGAGAGUAAUCAUACUAUUAAAUGAGUUCAUACCUUCAAACAAUAAAUGAUUGUUUUUCGUUUACUCAAUCGGUGCCAUAUGUUUAUGAUAAAAAAAAGUCAAAAUAUAACUUUAUUGUCAAAAAUUUACAAAC